AUGAAGUCUCGCCUCGUUCAAGCAAUACACCUGAUUGCUGCGAAUUCGACUCGACACGUCUUCAUGAUGCAUGCCAGCAAACGACAAAAGAUCGAUCGCGAGACGACUGCCGCAUACGGCGCCUCACAACCACUCUUCGAUGCUCUUCGCAAAGGCGCCGCGAAUGCUGGGGAACAAAAGCUUCGCUUGACGAAGGCACGCGACCUGGUUCAAACAAUUCAUGUCAAGCUUGUCGAGGUGGACAAGAACGACUCCGCGCAGGCACGAGAGGAGUACAUCUCAAGCUUGACGAAGGCUUGGGCAAGCGCGACAGACGCAUACUGUACCAUUUUCGAGGAGCUCUGCAAAGUCACGGAAGCGAAUCCAGUGGAGGGGAGGGAAGAAAGCAAGGGUCAUGCGCAAUUCAAGAACAUGGCAGAGACGGCGGCCGCGGCGAGUGCAGCGGCUAGAGCGUACACCACGAGUGACAGCAGAGCGGCAAGCGAAAGCGCACCUGAAGCCACGCCUGCCACGUCUCGAUCCACGAAGCGCACCGUCGAUGCUCUGGACGACAGCAUGAUGGAGCAGGCUCCAAGUAGUCCACAACAGAAUGCGCCGAACCACGGCGCAAAGCGAACCAACAAACGAGCAAAAGUCGACCGCUCUGUAUCUAGCAUACCAAUCACGACUGGACAAGCGACACCGGCACCACCGAAGAAGAUGGCUGCUAUAGAAUACGAGGACGUCUCUGCUGAAGUCACAGCAAGACUGAAGGCCAAAGCAGACAAGAGGAAAGCCAAGAAACAGGAAAGGAAGCGUAAACGCGAGAGCGGCGACUCACAGCUCGAUCCUGCUGUCUUGGCCGAGAAACCUGAUAAGAAGAAACCGAAAACACUCACAAGUGGAACGAGCAACAACGCAAGCCCUGGAAAGCGCAAGCAGGACGAUGUGGUUGCUGGUGCUGCAUCUGGCGAGGCUGUCGCAGCGAAGAAACGGAAGAAGCGACAUGUUUAA